AGGUGACGCAUCUCUCCUGUAUGAGGCUUUUUGGAGCGGCAGUUGAAGGAAGUCAAGUUUCCGCAUUCUCCGUGCGCUCAGAGCGUCGUGUCCGCACUCGUCUUCAGCAGACGAACCAAACAGGGGCGCCUGGACCGUGCCGCCCCGCGCUAUUCGUCGUGAGUUCGGCUUGUGUUUAUCGGACACAAUUUGUGAUUUGUAUUUUUACUCAUCUGCCCAGGAAGGAAAAGUCGUCCAGCCCCGCAGGCGUCAUGACUCCACCAGUGAUCAUCAGUACACGUCCUGGAUGGAAAAACUGUGAGUGCGUGCCUUUGCCCCAGUGACGAACGAACUUCGGCGAGCAUGGCCCUCUUUAAACUCGGGAACGUGGAGGACUUCUACGAGCUUGGGGAGGUGCUGGGAAGUGGCCACUUCGGGCAGGUGCGGAGAGUGUGUGAGCGCGCCACCGGGCAGCACUAUGCUGCUAAAUUCCUGAAGGUGUUUAAGAGCACGCGCAGCCUCCAUGGCCUGGAUCGGAGCCAGGUGGAGCGUGAGGUGAACAUCCUACAGACUCUCAAGCACCCCAACAUCGUGGCCCUCAAAGACCUAUUCGAGAGUCGAGUGGAAGUGGCCCUCAUCCUAGAGCUGGUGAGCGGAGGAGAGCUGUUUGACUUCAUCGCUGAGAAAGAUGAGCUGCUGGAGUCGGAGGCCAUCUUGUUCAUGAGACAGAUCCUGCAAGGCUUGUCUUACAUGCACCAACAGCACGUUGCACACUUCGACCUGAAGCCAGAGAACAUGAUGCUGUCAGAGAAAGUGUUGGAACCGAACAUCAAACUAAUCGACUUCGGCCUUGCACAGCGUUUAGAGCCCGGACAGGAGUACCGCAGCACCAGCGGAACACCCCAGUACAUCGCUCCUGAGGUGAUCAAGUAUGAGCCUCUGACCACAGCUACAGACAUGUGGAGCACUGGUGUCAUUACCUACAUUCUGCUGAGUGGACUGUCCCCGUUCCAAGGGGACACUGAUGAAGAGACACUAAACAAUGUCAUUGAGCUCAAGUAUGUGUUUGAGGAGGGGCCCUUCAGAAACACCAGUGACAUGGCCAAGGACUUCAUCCAGAAGCUCCUGGUGAACAGUGCAGGGGAGAGGAUGACUGCAGAUGAAUGCUUGCUCCACCCAUGGAUAAAGCCCAUCACUCGUAAACAGGUGGAUAAGAGGAAUCGAUCCUCAAUCAACAUGAAAAACUUUAAGAGAUUUAAUGCCAAACGCAAAUGGAAGAUGUCCCUGAACAUGGUGUGGAUGUGCACUCGACUGCUCAGCCUCCGCCAGCGCAAGAAGACCAGCGCAGAGCCCAACCCACUGCAGAGGGAGUGUGACAGUGAUGUUGAGGACAUGGAGGUCAAACCAGGGUCUUUACUGCGGAGGCGCCUCAGCAGCUCCACCUAGAACACCACCAAAUAAUUCUACAGUUUGACCAGUUUGACCAGUGUCAUGUGAUGUCCUCCAGCCCUGUAUAGUGUGUGGACCAUAUAAGAGGACCUCUGUGUGUGCGCGGCUCUACCGCAUGUUACUUAAACCCAUCUUACUGGCUAAAGAGGCAAAGCAGGGUGUUACAAGUCCUACAACUCAAGCUGAGAUUCCAGACCACUGAGUCCAGGCUGCCUACCAUUGCCUACACAAGUGUAUGGUGAAGAUAUGAAGUUGUGCAAAUGAACCAACGCACAAGCAAACCUCUGUCUGAAGACACACCUCCCAGUUUCUGAACUUAAAGCUGCACUGUGGAACUUUUCUAGUAGAAUAUCUGUCGUCCAUUGUCCAUUGUGUCCAGAUGUUAUUGCUGCGCCUAGAGUAGGGUUGUCAAAAGUAUCUAAAUUCAAAUACUAAUCAAUACUGAAACUAGAUACUCAUUUGAGCAGGUAUCAAUAUUAAGAAAGUCCUAUUCACAGCACAGAACUGAACCUUUCCUGAAUAUCUUUAGAAUGAUCUUUAGACACACAGACUAGUAUACACCCACAAACCACUAUGAACCUACUGGACACUGAAGGAUUACACACAUAUAACACACAUGGGAAUAGAACACAAAACACUAAGAUUUAAUGUUAAAAUGGAUGUUUUAACCAUAAAGAGACCUGUACUUGAAUAAAUGCAAGAUGGAUUAGUUUAAUGCCUUACUAUGGAAAUUUAGAGGCAAAGCGAUAACAUCAGCAGAUGAUGGACUCCUCACUAGGAAAAUUCCCUAGUGCACCUUUAAAAUAACAGCCUGUGUGAUGGCUUGGACUACCUAUUUUACUAAAAUACAGUAAAAAUGUGACACUUUUUACAAAAUGUUAUUUCCUGAUUGAAAAUCACAGUAGGGAAUUGCAUAAAUGUUACCUAGCAAGCAUGUUAUACACUGCUCUUCUAGUGUACACAGAAACACCUUUAUUUUGAUGAAAAGUUUCAUAAAAAAAAAAAAAAAAAGUGUUUCUUCUAAAAUGUGCUUAACGUUUGGAUAGAAUUCUCCCUAGUGUGAUAUUGUCGGCGUGUUUUAUAACUCGCUACUUCCUUUAUUUUUCAACAUAUUUUUCAGUUUUUCUCUGCAAAUGGCUUCUUGAUAGGUGUAAAACUAUAAUUUAUAUUUAGAGGUAUUAUACCACCAAAUUAAAUCAAAAUUUGAGAAUAAUAAUAAACUGUCAUUUGCACUUUAACAUCAUAUUUUGUGUGCCAGAAAUAAAGAAGGAAAUAUACACUAUUUUACUUAUUUUAAACUUUAAUAGUAAAAUUACAAAUGCUGAUAGUAAGACCGAAACUGUCAUCCAAUGGAACAGGUUAUGAGUAAAUAAAGCUGUGUGUUAUAUUUG